AUGGCAGCACGGCAGUCGGUGGAGACGCCGGCUCAGCUGUGCCAGCCGGAGCUGCUGUCGGAGGAGGCGUCCAGCCACGACCCGCAGCUGCAGGCGGCGCUCAGCACCGUCGGAGUCACACCCCAGGGCAUGGCGAUGACGCCGUCCCAGAGGGACGCCAUGCAGCAGCAGAUGCAGAUGCUCCAGGAGUACAUGAUGCCCAUGUUGAACAACCUUAGCAUGGGACUCACCAUGCCGGCACCGGGCGUGGACGUCAUCAGCAACACCCCACAGCUGGCCAAGACGACCAUGUCGGGUCUGAGCUGUAACGUCUGCGCCAUGAUCAUGCCCGACCUGCCCACCCUGGAGCAGCACCUGCGGAUCCACGAGGAGGAGAAGCCCUACAAGUGUCUCCAGUGUGGACAGAGGUACAAGUACCAGUCGGCGUACCAGCGUCAUAUCGACAUGAACCACACGGCCCGGCUGCCCCAGGAGAAACCCUACCGCUGCGAGGUCUGCGGACAGUUCUUUAAGUACCUCAAGAGCUUCCACAAACACCGAGCCAAUCAUAGUGCCAUAGACCGUAUUCUGAACACUAGCGACGACAGCGCCACCGGUGGCAUGGCGGAGUUCCCGCGAACUAGCGUUGGGAUGGCGCCACCUCCGCCCACGGUACCUCAGCUGCAGGUACCCGGUCCAGCGGCGUCCUGUCUGACGCCAGAGACCAUGGACGCCACCUACCGGGCCCACCAGGCGGCCCCGGUACCCCAGCCACCGCCACCCCCGCCGCCGCCACCGCCACCGCCGGUGCCAGUGGUACCGAGACAGCUUAUCAGCGAUAAUAAGGGUCUGUCGCUGAAGGAGGUGGCGGAGGAGUCCAACAGCAUCACCAUCACCGCCAUCAAGACGGAGAGGCCGGACACGCCGCCAGCGGGAGGGUCCCACGAGCCCCAGGGCGCUCCGACGGACCCGGAGGGUCUGGAGCACGCCGCCGCCAUGCAGGGUGGGUACUGA